CAAAUGGUUUCCCUCGACUACUUUAUCAUGUAGCGUCGGACUUGGGCUUUGAAUGGAGGACUUGACGACGGCCCCUUCUAAUCGGAAACGGUUCCCCACGAUAUGCCCGUCGCCUCAACUACUGUGACGCUCCACCUGCAUCAAACCAAUGCGAACAAGCACGGCUAUUGACGGCAUAUGCAUACGGAGGUGGCCAAGAGCAUCGGAGCAUGAAGCUAACAAAGAGGUGCUGGCAACCACGACUUACGCCGGUGCGGCGCGUCGCAAUCCUCUGGCGCCAUGCUAGCGGCCAUGGGGGCGCUUCCAGCAGCCGUUUCGCGGUGUUGGCAGCGCCGCUGCGAGCUGUGCGCACGUCCGAGUCAUCGUCCGGCACCCCGCUGUCGCUCAACGACAUCCUUGUGUUCGAGUCCGACAUGCCGGCUAUGCUCAUCCAGGAGCAGCCGCCGGAGCGCAAAGCGGAGGAGAUUGUGGACCGCGCGGCUCGAGUGCUACAGGAGGUGAACUCGCUGCUCGCUACGGAGCAAGGCCAGGACCAGGCCGGCGGCGGCCGGGGCGGGCGCGGCGGCGCCGCCACCGCCACCGCGGCGCCGCCGGCGGCCGAGUCCAGCUCGGCCUUCGGCUCGGAGCUGAGCCGCGCAAUCUUCGGCGGCAGCGCGCAGGUGUCGGAGCUGGAGGCGGAGCGCACGCGGCAGGCGCUGCAGCGGACGCUGGAGGGCAGCGCCGCCAGCGGCAGCCCGCCCAUCCCCAUCUCCAGGCCACCACCCGGCGAAGGUGCUGGUGCUGGUGGCGGCGGCGGCGGAGCCGCCCCCGCUGCCGCGGAGGCGGCGGCCAAGCAGCGGCCGGCCUGGGCUCAGGAGCUGUUCGCCUCGGGCACACCCGCGUCCGCCGCGGCGGCGGCGCCGGCGGCACCCGCCACCUCCACCUCCUCGACCUCGCCACGUCAGCCCUCAGCAGCAGGGCCCUCGGGCGCCUCAGCCGGGGCCGCUCGGAAUGGCGGCGGCGGCGGCGGUGGAGGCGGUAUGCGCUUCGCCCCUUCCUCCACCACCGGCAAGCCCGCAUUACCAUCAGCCGCGCCCUCGCCGUCGGCGUCGUACGGCGGCGGCGGCGGCCCGGCGGCGCUUGCGGCGGAGCCCCCGCCGCCUCAAAUGCAGCGGGCGUCACGGCUGGCCGAGUGGACGCCGCUUGCGUUUGCGGACGCCGACCUGUCCCUGCCCACCGAGCUCACGCUCAAGUCAGAGGACUCGCUCCUGACCGACCGCGCCCGCUCCUCAGUGCUGCCGCCGCUGCAGUCGGUGGUGGACCUCACCGCCGCCGUGCGGCCGCCCAGCAGGGGGCUGGACCUAGGCGGCGGCGGCGAGGCGGCGGCGGCGGCGGCCAGCGACGCGGUGUCGGACGGCGUGGCGGUGCCGGAGGAGGAGGUGGUGGGCCGGGCGGCGCUGGGGCGGCAGCUGGCGGAUGGGGCCGGGCGCCUGGCGGACGGCACACGGUUUGAGAAGCUCAGCGGCACCGACACCGGCCCGGACGGCUACGUGAAGAAGUGGGAGGUGCUACGCGGUGUCACGGGCGACGGCACCGUGCAGUGGGAGGAGUGCUGGUGGACGGCCUCCAACCGCUACGGUCUUCGCGAGAUGGGCGCCUUCAAGAAGGGCAGCACGGAGGCGGGCGCGGCGUGGGUGGAGGAGUGGAAGGAGGUGCUAUACACACACGCCACAAACCUCAGGCUGGUCAUCGAGCGCACCGCGCACAAGUGGGCGCGCGACGAGAGCUCGGACGAGUGGGAGGAGAAGUGGGGCGAGUGCUACGAGGAGGCGGGGCGGGUGCACAAGUUCGCAGACAAGUGGGCCAAGGCGGGGAUCAACGUGUGGCACGAGCGCUGGGGCGAGGACUACGACGGCCGUGGGGCGUGUCAGAAGUGGACGGACAAGUGGGCGGAGCGGCUGCUUCCGGACGGCGGGCAGGAGCAGUGGGGCGACAAGUGGACCGAGACCUUUGGCGCUGGCAAGGGGACCAAGCACGGCGAGGUGUGGAGCGCGGGCGGCGGCGGCGAGCGCUACAACCGCUGGUGGAACGAGGAGCACUACGGCGACGGCCGCGUGCGGCGCUGGGGCAACAGCACCAGCGGCGAGUACUGGGACGGGGUGGAACACAUGGACACGUACUACAACCCCGUGCCGCACUUCGGCUUCAGCCACGCGGUGGGCCACUCACCGAACCUGUGGGCGGUGCCGCUGCCGCCGCCCGAGGAGGGCACGGGCGCCGGCGGCGACGACGACGGACUGGGCGAGGGGCUGGGUCGCCUGUGAGUGUGUGAGGUGGGGCUGCGGUGAGGGUGAGGGUGCUGCCGAGUGACAGUGUCCGAGGGGUUGUGUGUUGGGUGUCUGCCAGGCGGAUGGCCAGUUGAAGGAAAGGCGGUGAGAAGUUUUUGGAGGUGUCAAAACUGUAUGGCGGGCAACGGCACUGAUGUGAGGAAGAGUUUGUGGAUACGGUACAUGAGCCUGAGCGCGCGAUGCCUGACAUGAAUAGCGCAUUGCAAACAAGUUUUGGGUCGUGCGUGUGUGCCAGGCAUUGUGUAGGCGUUGUUGGCUCUGCGGCAUCGACAGUUGACAAGAGACUGGUUGGUAUGCAUGGGUCAGGCAUGUUGACGUCACACUGCGCUGGCGUUUGCAGCUGCUGAUGGUGGUGGUGGCGUUGCAUUGCAAGCCACGUUACAGGCCUGCAAUUAACGGGCUGGAGAGGAGUCGUUUGGACCAGGAGAGGAGAGAGCAGUUUGUGAGCGCUGUGUGCAUGGCCGUUGUGUGUUGCUUCGGCGCUUGCUAGUAUUCUUUUGCGAGGUUGCAGCGGGAAAGGGAUGGAUGAUAUGAGCGCGGAGGCAACGGAGCAUUCUUCGUGCCUCUCUGUGUGGGCCGGAAGGCCUUAAGUCCACGUGACUUUGAGAUUGCAACAUGGUUCCGCAUACUAUCUCCUUACAUGUGAUUCACAAUUAUAGCGCCCCCUGUUCUACUCGAUUGCGCAUGGGAGGGGCCUCCUGGCUCAUGUACAGUGCCCCCCUACGUCUGGCUCUCAGCCAGUAACGAGUAGACCAAGAGUACGGUAUGCUGCAACUUCUUAACAUGGCUAGGUGACACCCUGGCGGCCACGGAGCGCACGGCCACGUUGCACCACCGGACCUUGCACCGGACACGUACGGCAACCGCUGCUUGUCAUUGGCAAACUCGUCCUUAGCCAUCUCCAUUCCAAGGUCCAACGCACCCAGCGGCAUUGCGCCUCCUACCGGUUCUCGACGUCCCAAGAAGUGUAACCUGUCACGUCCAAGCCUCUCCCUCUUCCUGUCAACCCCCCAGUGCCCCACCAACUUGUAAUUGUAACCACUCCGGCCUUUGAACGGCCAACUCCCCACCCAGGU